CGCCAUGUGGAUUCGUGCAUUAUUUACAUCCACGGAGUGUACGUGUCACACCAACGCCAAGCUUGUGUUUCGGAGAUUGCCGGAGCUUCAUUUAUAAACGUCUGACAAAAAUUCUUGCUUCAUAUUAUUUGUAAAACCGCAACACGUUUCUUCCAUUUUCUUCCUAUUGCUUUUGAGAUAUUUUCGAGACACACAACAUUCAUCAUGUCGCAGAUUACCAUACCAGAGCCGUAUUGGGACAGUGCUUCUAUCAUCACCAAGGAGUCCCUGGCCCCAAUUAUUGAGUCUGAGAAACUAAACCGGGCACAGGGUAUAUUGAAGCCAUUUGACAUCUCAUUGGAAUUGAUGAAGGACAUCGGUGUGAGACUGACCAAGGAGAUGACCAAAGGACUGGACAAGGCCACUCAUGACGAGGCUAAGGUCAAGAUGUUUCCAACAUAUGUCCAGUCACUUCCUGAUGGCACAGAGCGAGGAGACUUCUUUGCCCUGGAUCUUGGAGGAAGCAAUUUCCGUGUUCUCCUGGUACGUCUCCUGGAAGGAGAAGUAAAGAUGGAGAGUAAGACGUACGCCAUUGAUCAAAAGUUCAUGGUUGGAACAGGAGACCAGCUGUUUGAUUACAUCGCAGAUUGUUUGAAUGAAUUCAAGAAAGAACAGGACCUUCUCAACAAGAGUUUACCUCUCGGAUUCACAUUCUCAUUUCCUUGUAGACAAAAGAGCCUUAAAUCAGGAAACCUCACAACAUGGACCAAAGGUUUUAAAGCUUCUGGCGUAGAAGGCCAAGAUGUGGUGGAGCUUUUAAACGAGGCCUGCAAAAGAAAGGGUGUGGCAAUCGAUGUAAUAGCCCUCGUUAACGACACGACAGGAACUCUCAUGUCAUGUGCAUACUCUGAUCACAAUACGUAUGUUGGUCUUAUUCUAGGUACUGGUACCAAUGCCUGUUACAUGGAAGACGUUAAUAAAGUCGGAACAUGGGCUGGUGAUGGAAACGCAAGGGAGACCAUCGUCAACAUGGAGUGGGGAGCAUUCGGAGAUAACGGCGUCCUUGAUGAUAUUAGGACAGAAUAUGAUAUGAAUGUAGAUAGCACUUCACUCAAUCAAGGAAAACAGCUAUACGAGAAGAUGAUUUCAGGUAUGUACCUAGGCGAGAUUAGCCGGCAGGUCAUGGUUAAACUGGUCCAGGCCAAACUACUCUUCAACGGAGUCUCCUCAACAAAGCUAGAUACAGCAAACUCCUUUGAGACUAGGUUCCUCACAGACAUUGAAAAUGAUGACUCCAACAAUGGAAUGGUCGUCACCGAGAUCCUCAACAAACUUGACCUUGAUCCUUCAAUAGAUGACAUCAUGCUUGUCAGAGCCGUCUGUCAUUCCGUAGCAAAGCGUGCUGCUCGCCUGGCUGUCGCUGGUCUGGCAGCAGUUACCAAGAAGGUCCACCGGGAGAACCGACCCGAGGUGACCAUCGGGAUCGACGGAACACUCUACAAGAAGCACCCUCUAUUUAAGAAAGAGAUGGAGGAGAUGAUGAAACAGCUGGUUCCUGGUGUCAAGGUCAAUUUCAUGCUUUCGGAGGACGGCAGCGGAAAGGGCGCUGCUCUCAUCGCAGCAGUAGCAUGCAGGCUACACAACAACAAGGCUCAUUAAUGUAAUUAGGGUUAGCCAAUCCUGAUGCUCUGGUGACAUUCAUCUAUAUCAAGGGUGAAAGACCAUCAUCCAUGAACUGUACUAUCAACAACAGCUUUCUUUCAUCCAAGAUGAAGGCCCCAAAGACCACUCUUUUGUAAGAUCAACCCAAAGGUUACACUUUUGAUAAAACUUCAAGAAGCUUGUCCAAGACAAGUGUUUUCCACUUACUGGAUGCUAUCUUUGACCUGAAGGUGAACAGGUCGAAGACAGCAUUCGUAGGCAAUGGUGAUUUGGUCAUGCUUUGGUUUUGUUUUAUGUUAGAGGUCGACCAAGUGGGGCCUCGGUUGCAGUUGGGAAUUCAGUCAGUGACCUCGGGAUGAAUGUUACCAAAUCAUGCAUCUUAAAUUUAAAUACAUGUAUAGUCAAAGGUGGAAGGUGGAAGGUGAAAGGUCAGCUUGUGCUUCCUCAGGGGGUCAAGGGUCAGAGAGUAAUAUCUCCAGAUAAAAUCACUUAAGAAUGAAUGGAUUAUUUUCCUUUUCAAUGGCAAAUGAAGUAAUAAGGCUAUUGUGGCUCCCAACUAGUACUGUGGGUAAAAGUUCAUCUCACAGAUGUCCAGAUUCUGAAUGCAGAUUUCUUUUACGAUUCUACCGGAUCAUUGAUCACAUCAAUUGCCUCCAGCCUGUUUCUUAAAUCUAGUUACAAGCAAUGCAGUACCUGUGAUCAAUGACAACGAUGCUUGAUUGAUUUGACUGCAAGGAAGGAAGCUCAUUCGAUUGAUCCGCUGGAACUAUAAUUUGUAGUAGGUUUGCAAAACAGGGUUCCUUUUAGUCAUUUCAAUUCAAACAUUUCAAAAAUAAUUUUAAAAAUAAUCCCCUCCAGAGCACAAGUUGAUUUAGUUAUAAGUGGCUGAAACGUACUCUAUUAUACAAUUGGCCAAGCUAAUUAAAUAUGUAUUAUAUGAUUGUGAUAUGUUGUAUGUGAUGCAGUUUUUAAGUUGCCAUAUGAAAAGGGGUUGUAGUAAAGUAUGGAGAGAAGAGCAACAAGUCAGAUUUAAGUUUGUAUUGCUACAAUCUCUUUUGUUGUAUAUUAAAACAAUACCCACAGGCUAAAAGAUAUUUUCCAAGCAGCAUAUAUGUGUGGGUUAGAGUAAGGAUGUAAAUGUUAGAGGCGAUGUUUCAUAAAUAAUAUUUAAACAGGGUUUGGAAAUAUAUAAUAUUAAAAGGUGGAUAUUAGUUAUUUAAAGCUAAAUACAUAUCAGGCUGUAUGUGUACAUCUAUUUCUGUCGUCUAUACUAUCCUUUUGUUUUUCAGUUUGUGGAUUUGUCUGAAACCAUUAUGGAAUUUGUACUUAGAAAUCACUUUCCAGCGGGAAAAAUCAGUUCGCUCUUUGUGAGAGCUUUUGAAUCAUGAGAAAUGUGAUUAUAUACAUCUUUUUUUUUUUAAUCCGACUGGAUGCAUUUCUAUUUGCACAGUUGUUACGCUACGCUUUAAAAGCAAAUGUGUAGUGAAUGAUAGACUAGUAGGUUAACAUGAAAUGUAUGUGAUGUAUCUUAUAUCAUCUGUUGAAAGUGGAAUAAGUUGCACCAGUGUUAUUCAGCUCUGUCAUUGGGUUCCGAAUGACCGACGAUUUUAGAAUUUAAAAAAAGACUGUAUAAAAGGAGUGUUCUAAGAAAGCAAAUGAGAGAUAUUCAUGAAACUUCUGCAUAUAUUUGUACAGAAACAAGUGUUCAACGGCCAAGAGGCAUGAGGUUGGCGUUGAUAUCAAUAUCUACUCUACUCUAACAAUAAAAAUAUAAUCACCAAAGGUAGAUUUUAAACAUUUUAUGUAGCUCAUCUGUCAGUCUGAACAUGGAAAAUAGCACAACAUUCUUUGUAAAUUUACAUCUACUUUUAACAAUAUUUUUUUUGCGUGUAUCUCCUGUUGAAACGUUAGAAAUGAGAGCAUUCAUUUUGAAGCACAAAUUAUGAUAACUUAUAUCAAUUAUGUAUUCUAGUGACAAUGCCUCAUUUGGAAGUUGUGUUGUUUUCCACUUUCAUAGAAAGAUUGAGAUCUCAGGUAUUUUGUGGGCCUUUGCUCUAUCUUUCUUAUAGCAAUAAACCCCUCUCUCUAACUCUUUCUUCAUGUGUUAUUGUAUCUAGGUGAAGAGUCCUCUUACUUAUAUAACAUGGUGUACUGAGCAACAUGUAACUUGUAGAAUUCAUUUUGCAAAUGCAAUUUCAUUUACAUGUGUUUUGUCCUUGUUGUAUUUCACUAAUAUUGACUUCUAAGUUAAAUAACUGUUCUAACUUAUGGCCGCUAUUUAUUUUCCGUGUGUCCUGUCUUAUCUUAUUUGUGAGGAAAUGAUUACUUGAACAGAUACUGCGAUAUUGAUGAAGUACACUUUUUAUCUGAAUUUAUCUAGUUGGCAACAUGGAAUCUCAAUGUUGAAUGCAAUACAAGUAUGUUAUUUAGAUGUGACCAUACAGAGUAUCUGUAUUCAUAGUUAGUCAAAGAGAGAAUUUAUUUUUAUAUCGAUUAAAAAACAAUAAACGGUGGGAUUUGAUUAAAUUGUUUGUACCUCAUUGUCUUCAAUGUAUUUGAAAUUAUGUGGAAAUAACAAAUUAUAUUGAAAUACAUUUAUAAUAUAGUUCUUACUCUCAUGUAUAGGUCAUGUGUUUUGUGAAAAGAUGAAAUUUGAAAGUACAGCUGAGUUUCUUUUUAUGUUCACGUCCAAGAUGUGAUUUUUUGUGUGAGGUCCAAGAGAUAUUUGUGUAAACAAAAUUUAUAUAGUAUAAAUGUUAAUAAGAUCAAUGAGUUUAUCCUUAAAUGUAUAUGUUAGCAUAAUGUACUUUCACUAUUGAUAUUUAAAGCAAAAUAUGUAUGAAAAUGAACUCCACAGCUAGCAAAUUGUUUCUCAUGAUUUUAAAACAACUGACACAAUAUGACGAAAAAUGAACUCUGUAUAUCAAUAUGUAAAAUGAUGUAAUUAUCUGAAUGGCAAAUGUUUAUCUACGUUUGCCACUCUCGACCCAGGUGUAGUAAGCGGGUACCAGGUAGAAAGAAAUUCCUUGAAUGCUUGAGAACCUGAUCAGGUUAACCAUGCUAAAAUCUUGGUAAUAGUACUGUAUGGGCACUAGUAUUCAACCCGGCAUAAUUCAAAGAUGUUGACAUAUUCCUGAAAUUUUUUAGAAAUAGGGAAUUUAUCUUAAUUUCAUGCCUUUGUUACUUCCAGGGUUGUCGGUAUUUUCUUUAUCAAUCUGUCAACUGUAAAUUAUACGGCGAUGGCCUUUUGCACCGAAUGGCACUAGUAUUCAACCUAGUGAGGAUAGAUAGCAAAUCACAAAAGGAUUUAGAUUGCUAAAUUAGAUCUAGAUCUAUGUAAGUCUCUGGCUUUGAUUAAUUCCCUGUUUGGUCUCAUCUCGAAUGGUCUAGUCCAUAGUCGGAUGGGACAAGGGCAGAUUGAGAGACAGGGCCAUCUUUCAUCGCUAGGUUGAAUACUAGUGCCGACCGAUUGAAUACUAGUGCCAAAAACCAUCGCCGUAUAAUUUGAUCGCCCGCAGGCACAGUCGACUGGUUGAAGAAAAAAUAACGGAAAAAGAAUAACCAGCAUUUGCUCUUGGAAAUUCAGGUAAAUUCUAUAUUUCUAUAUAUUUGAGGAAACUCUCCAAACGGGUUGAAUACUAGUGCCCUUACGGUAUGCAGUGCUGAGAAACAAACAUAUUAAGCACUAUACAAAUUUUGCAUUGUGUGAGUAGUCCCAAAAUUAUGAAUUUAAGAGAGCAGUUACAAGUCUUCCACAUGUGGCAAAUUUCAGCGGUACCAAGUCAUAUCAACAGCUUGAAACGUGUGGGCAUUGUUGGCCCAUAUUCACACAAGAAACUAAACAAUUUGUUUAAUGAGAACUAAAAGGAACCAACUCCCCUUUAUUGACUUACUGCCCUUUUGACAUUCUGCUACUUGUAAUCAUGUAAUAUUCUCAAUUCUCGUCAUAGUCGUGAUAUACCGUGUGCUUGUCCAUCGUGUGUAAAACGAAGAAUAAUAUCUUCUGUCAUGUAACCGUAACUGUUGAAAAACAAUGCAAAUUUUUGGAAGUACAUUGUUGAUUAUUUCAUUGCUGAUUUUAUUUUAUCACUGCUGAGAAACUGUGUCCUCAUCUGUAUAUAUACCAUAAGAUGGAGAAGUAAAAAAAAACUGUCCAUGUUUUCAUGUACACAGAAAUAGGGGAGCUAUAUUUCUAUAGAACCGUGGUGUAGGGUAUUUUCUUCAUUGGUUGUAAUUUGAGACUUUCUAAAUAAAACUUGUAACCUCUA